UCGUAUUUAAGCCGCUUUCUGCUGGAAUAGCAGAGCUGACAUGAACAUCUUUACUAAGGUCCCAGGAUUAGCCCAACAAACCAGCAAGCUGGGGUCUGUGCUCCAACGUGCCUUCUACGGGUCCAGUGGGAGGGUGACCCUUUUCGAGCAGCGUAACUUCGCCGGCAGGCGGCUCGACCUGACGUCCGACUGCUCCCGGAUCAGCGACAAGAACUUCCCCGAGAGAUGCAACUCGGUGCAGGUGGAGAGCGGAGCCUGGGUGGGGUACGAACAUGACAACUUCCGGGGCCGCCAGUACCUGUGGGACAUGUCCGACCGCGGAGAGUACAACUGCUACGACAAGUGGUGCGCCCAGGUGGACCACGUCUCCUCCGUCCGCUCCGUCAGACAGGACAACAAUCCCGCCAGAGCUCAGCUGUUCGAGCGCGCCGGGUUCUCCGGGAAGAAGAUGGAGAUCCAGGACGACAUUCCCAACCUGAUGAGCCGCUACAGCCUGAACAGGGUGGCCUCCAUCCGGGUGCUAGGCGGAGCGUGA